AACAAACACUCACAUUUUUUUUAUUUAAAAUUAGCAAUAAUAAAAAAAAUAUCACAUUAUGUAAUAGUGGUAGUGAUGACCCGAUAGACUCGCCGGGUGUUUUGUGGGUUGCGCCAAAGCCAGGCGUCUAACUGACGUUUCUAAUGUCACCCUGACAUUUCGUUUUAUCUCAAUUUUGCAAUGAAGUGUUUAUUAAUUUUUGACCACCUGAACGAUGUGGUUUAUACAAAAUGUGACGACAAGUUUUCGACACACAUUUAUGAGUUUGCUUCGCUCCAGGGAUUCGUCAAUGCCGGGGACGGUAAAGAACGCACUAUUGACGACAAUGCCCUCGUGCAAAUUUUUUCACCCAUUAUUACGUCUCAGCGCAUUAUGAGUUGCCAAUUUGGCAAUUCGUACACGUCCAUCCAGUGCGAGGAUGGCAUUAAUAUUUGUUUUGAUGAAUACAUGGGUUAUUUAUUUGUGAGCGUGGCUCAAGAGGAUGUACAAAGCAUUAAGAAAUAUCUCAGUGUUUGUGUAACAAUAGUCAGGUAUUUGUGUGGCCCUGAUGUGUGUCAAUUGAAAAUGUGUGAAAGGAGGGCGAAAAUCGCAACGCGUUUAAUCGACAGUUGGGUCAAGUUACAAAAUAACGACCAGGCUGUGUUUGUUGAAGCUGUGGAGCAGUUGGUCAUAAACUCAGACGUUAGUUCUGUAACUCUCCAGAUUUUGCGCAAAUCUGUGGAAAAGUUGACCGCAACCAUCGACUGCCCCAGAAUGCACGCCAUGGUCUUGGUCAACAACAAAUUCCUCUCCUUGUAUUCUAGUCAAAGCGCGAAAGACUUGUCCGCUUCCGAUAUUUUAUUCUCAACAAUUGUCUCGCAAAGCAGUAGCGAAGUUUUUGAAAAAAAUCCAAACACACCAAUUGAUAGCUUCCAAAUUUUAUUGGCGGGCUCUGACCCCACACCGUCCUGUCUCUCGCACGUAGUUCACGUGGUGCCAAUUUCCGAAGGCAUUAACUUGUUGUAUUUACUGGAAGUUGGAAAUGUUGCGAUUUCUUCGACACUUUACGAUGCUUUCCACCACUUGCACACCAUGCAGUUCAUUCAGAUACAAAAAGACGUGGAGACGUUGCGACCCGCGUUCGAAAAUCUCGAACUGGCCAUGAAACGACUGAACGACGCGCUCAGGAAAAGCAAAAAUAAUUCAAUCGAAAACUCGGGGAAACAGCUGGCGAAAAAAUGGGAAAUGAUUCGGAAGAAAUAUCUCGACUUUAUUAAAAGCAAGUCUGACGAGGCGCUUUUACGGGCCGAAACGUUGGCUUUGGGGCUCUUGGAGAACUUGAAGCAGUUGCUUGGCUUGACGUCCAUUGACGAGAAAAUAGUCGAAUCGAGUCAGAAGGAAACGGUCGAAGUUGCGAAAAUCGUGUCUGAGAAACUCAACAGUUAUAACGAGUUUCUCAAAGUUAAGUCCAUCAGGAACUUCACACUUGGAUCUAGAGAUUCCCUAACGAUAAAUAAGUAUUUAGAGGAGUUCCCCGGACUGGUCCAUUUCCUCUACAUUGACCGGGUGAACCACCGAGUCACGGCCCCAACGCUUGAUUUCAGCGCCGACGAGACGAUUAAACUGACCAAGAAUAAAAUCUGGGCCAUGAUCAAAUUCUCGCGAAACCACCUACAGGAAGGGAAUUUAUCCCUCAUGUGGAAGGACACAGUGUUCAAUUACUCCUAUUUUUUGUGGUUUGAGGAUAGCAGUGGGACGCCCAUGAAACCGCUGGUCUAUCCCACAAAUUCGUCCAAGGCCUUGCCACUACCUGGACUGUUGGGCAACGAUUUUUACCAGAAACUGAAGGAGAUUUGUUUCCCCAAAACCUCGUCCAGUAAAAUACGGUGUUACGAGUUGUUUUGCGUGCAUUUAAGGCUGGUGACAGCGUCGUGCGUUUUGGAACAUACGAGGCGCUUGGCUGCGACCAUUUGGGAGUUGAAAGGGAUUAAAGCGCAUCCGAUUGAUUUGUUAUAAGUUUAAUGUGCAAUAAAACGUUUCGUAGUGUU